UUCUCAAAGCUGCAGUUGGCUGUGCGUUGUAAAACAGAGAGACGCACCCACUCUCGGGACCUGCAGUGGCUCCAGAUUCCAGCCCCCCAGGGCUCCCGGCCAGACAGACUGAGCAUGCGAGUCACACUUGCUGUGGCGGCCUGGAUGGCGUCUUUAGUCUCCAGUUAUUCAUAUCCUGCAAAUACUUUGCCAGAUAUCGAAAAUGAAGAUUUCAUCAAAGACUGUGUUCGAGUUCACAACAAGUUCCGAUCAGAGGUGAAUCCAGCAGCCAGUGAUAUGCUAUACAUGACUUGGGACCCAGUACUAGCCCAAAUUGCAAAAGCGUGGGCAAGACACUGUCAGUUUGCACAUAAUUCACAGCUGAAGCCACCCUACAAGCUGCACCCAAAUUUCACUUCCCUGGGAGAAAACAUCUGGACUGGGUCUCGAUCCUUGUUUUCUGUGUCUUCAGCCAUCACGGCCUGGUACAAUGAAAUGGAAUACUAUGACUUCAAGACCCGGAAAUGCAGCAAGGUCUGUGGCCAUUACACUCAGGUUGUUUGGGCAGAUAGCUACAAAGUUGGCUGUGCAGUACAAUCUUGUCCUAAAGUUUCUGGCUUUGAAACCCUUUCCAACGGAGCACAUUUUAUAUGCAACUACGGACCAGCAGGAAAUUACCCAACCUGGCCAUAUAAGAAAGGAUCCACUUGCACCGCCUGCCCCAGGAAUGACAUCUGUCUGGACAAUCUCUGCGCUAACCCACAGCGAGACAACGUCACACGUUACUACUCUACUGUGUAUCCAGACUGGCCGAUAUCUUCACGUAACAGAUCCAUCUCUCUCUUUCUCAUUGUUAGUCCGCCAAUCCUAUUAUUGGGUGUUAUAAUUACCAUUUGGGUCAAGCACAAAUAUCCUCACAUUUAGUUCUGUUGGACUAAUACAAUCCA